AUCAGUUGAGUUUUCGUAGUCAACAAUUCACCAUGGUUAGCAAGGUUAUCAUCGCUCUGGCUGUGCUCCUCUGCGCCGAGGCCGUCCUCGGCGUUGCCGUCGUCUCCAAGGCAGCUUGGGGCGGACGCAACCCCACCAGCAAGACCACUCUGGGCAACUACUUGGGCUAUGCCGUAAUCCACCACACCGCCGGCAACUACUGCAGCACCCGCGAUGCCUGUGCCCAGGAGCUGCGCAACAUCCAGUCCUACCACAUGAACAGCCUSGGCUGGSCYGACAUCGGCUACAACUUCCUGAUCGGCGGUGAUGGCGCAGUCUAUGAGGGUCGCGGCUGGAACGUGGUGGGCGCCCAUGCCACCAACUGGAACUCCAAGUCCAUUGGCAUCUCCUUCCUGGGCAACUUCAACAACAACCGACCCACCGCUGCGAUGAUCAGCGCUGCCAAGGGCAUUUUGGCUGAUGCCGUCUCCCGUGGCCAGAUCAGCUCCGGCUAUACUCUAUACGGCCAUCGUCAGGUCAGCGCCACCGAAUGCCCCGGCACCAACCUGUGGAACGAGAUCCGCACCUGGGCCAACUGGAAGGCUUAAGAAGCCUGCGAAAGGAUUUCCCUCAAAUUC